AUUCCAACGAAACUUUGAAUUUCUUGGAGUUUGAAGCAUGCGAUAAUUUCAUUUGCAUGAAAGAUGAGAUUGAAGAUGACGAUGGAAGUUAAUUUUUGCCGAUUGACGAAAUAGUGACGGCAAAAGUACAAAAACUUUGGAAAAUCAGUCGGAUUCGCUUAAUUUUUCCUUUGCAGUCUGUAAAUCCAACAGACAAUACAGAUUUUCAGACGAUCCUCGUGAUUAAUACGGCUGAAUAAAACAUUCAUCAAAAGAGCACUACUGUAGAUAAUUCUAUUUGUUUGCCUACAAUAAGUUGGAAUAAACGUAUGUACACACACAUUUAUAUAUAGACCAUAACAUCAACAAUAAACAGCUGUACAUAAGAAACUGCGGUAUUUGAAUUACAGAAGGAAGAACACACACCCACACAAACGAAAAAACUGUCUUUCUGGAGAAAGCAAGAAAUUAACAUAGACAGUAGUAGAGAAGAAAGUAACUAACUUAAAAUUACGAUACACAGUGUCCAUUAACUAAAUUAACUUACUUCUAGUCAAUUGGUCAAAUGGAACUACUUACUAAAUGGAAAUAGUUGUUGUUAGCUACAAGACGAUGUGUUUACCUAACAACAACAACAAUGACAGCCACUGCCGCUCUCUAAAGAUUGAAGGCGAAAUGCUGAAGAGUAACAGGAAAACACCAAAUCCAAUAAAGAAAUAAAUAACCACCGACAGCGGUGUCACUUUCACAAAACAAUUCUGUUUUACACUUGUGGAGAUAGUGGUACUUUUACUGCUGGCUCAUUUUUCUUUUUUUUUUUUAACCCUCCCACAGAAACUACCCUGGCCUCCAAGUGUUUUCCCGAUUUUGAUAUUGGUCACUCCUGACCAGUGUACAUGGAAUGAUGUCUUCUUUUAAAAUAGUAAAAGAAUGGUUGGCUGAAUACAAGGCAUUAUCUGAAUCUGAAAUCCACACAUAUGCAAAUACUCUGCGUCACAAUGAUGAACUGGUUACUUCUCUAUAUGAAGUAUUAGAGCAGAGGCCGGGAGUUGAGAUUUUAGAUCCUAUAUGUCACCAGUUGUUUGAAUUCUUUCGCUCUAAAGAAUUAGAACUACAACGCUUCACUUUUGAAUUCAUUCCUACAUUGACAUGGCUAUAUUUGUCAAUGGUGACAAGCAAUGAGAAAAAGAAUUGCAGUGGACUGGAAGCGUUUUUCUUAGGAAUCUACAAUUUAGAGAUUGUAUAUCCUGAUGGCAGCCCCAAAAUUAAAACCUACAGGGUUCCUUCGUUGGCACAACCUUCAGUCUACCAUGAGCCAGUAAACUUGAGUACACUUGCACUUACUGAAAGUGCAUUAGCCAGGUAUGAGAAAACGGAAGCUGAAACUUGGACUGGUAAUCGUCAUCCACAGUAUGAGACGAUCCAUGGUCAGAACAGGCAGGAAAUACUGACCUAUGUGAUGCAGUGUUACAAUGCAGAUAUUGCUUCCAUGUCUCCUCAGUCACAUCAGUCCCUCUGUGACACAUGUCAAAGGAUUGCAACGAAUGGCUUCAGUAGAUUAAGCUUCCCAGAUACUGAUAAGAUUGAUGGAAGCAUGAUAAGCAGCUGUACGAAAUCUUCAGACAGUUUCAAUGCAAAAUCCGACUUGAAGAACAGCAGUGUUCACAGUCCGGAAGCUCGAAUACCCGUUUCAUCUCCGCUGCUUAUAGAGAUGCUCACCGGGGUCUACUUUACGAUGUUCAACGGUCAAUCAAAACUAGCAGUUAAAGCUGUGGAAGAUAUUCACCAUAGGGCCACAUAUGAACUUUAUGCAGAUGUUCUGCUUGUCACAAAUGCUGUUCGUAAUUGUUUGAAAUAUAGUCCUUCUGGUCAACCAGACACUGCAAUGGGAAUUGGUGUAGCACUUUCUCCAGCCCCAUCUUCCUCAGUAACCAUGUCAAAAUCUGCCAUUACAAAUGCAUCUUUCAGAGCCACAAAAUUACCAGAUGAUAUUUCAGUUCCAGACGAGGAAAAUGAUGCAUCUGCCAAACCUCUUCCAACCAUUGAUGAGGAUGCUGACAGUCCAGGGGAAAAGUCUAAUAAUAAACCAUCCAGUCGACCACCAAAGAGUGCCCGCAAAUCUGAUAAAGCUAAAAAAGAACGGCGUAACAAUUCUGAUAGCAGCGAACUUCCAUCUUUACGUUCUUCAGUGUUCAAUGGAGAAAGUAAUAUUACAGAUAUUUCUGUAGCCAUCAUUAAAAACCGCGAGCGAACACUUGUAGAUAGCUUAGAGAUGUCAGACAUAACACCAAAAAUGCCUCCUACAUCCAAUAGUGUUGAUGACUGUAUCAUGGCCGCUGCUUCAGCAUCACAAGAUGACAAUGACAAAAUGCACGUUCAGGUCAAAUACAAAAUGCAGUCUUCCAACAGUCUUGGAAAAGAUAUGAAACUUGCUUAAAGUUGGCAGCAGUCACAUAGCAAUAACGUAAGCCAUGGGACUUGAUAUUUGAAGUUUAGUCUCACCAACAUCAAAUAUAAGUGACAUCGUGUUACAACCAUCUGUUAAGUAUUAUUACUGUGAUUCCAUAUUGUUUGUAAUUUAUCCUCUCUAAAUGAUUAUGAGUUAUUACAAAAACAAAACAAAAACAAAAAAAUGGUAAAAUGGUAUUUGUAAGCAUUUUUUGUUUUUUAUUUUUCCCAUUUUAGUUUCUUCACAGUUCACUUCACCGAGAUUUGUCUAGUUUGGAAAUCGUGGUUUUUAUAUAGAAACUUUAUCAUAAAAAGACACCAUUCACCCAUUCCCUUGCAAGAUUAUAUAUAUAUAUAUAUAUAUACACACGCAGAACACAUAUUCUAGUUGUAUCUUUGAAGCUUCUUGUAUUAUUACUUGUGUUUCACAUUACCAAUUAUGCAAAUAACUGAAGAAGUGAAGUGGCCUGACAGUAUAUAAGCAAAGAUAUUGGUAAACACAUCAGUAUAUGAUGUGUCUUUGAGAUUUGGUUAGUUGCCAAAAAAAUACGAGAAAAUGCAUUCCAUAUUCAUCUAUUUCAUUGUCUUACACAGAACAUGUGACAUAAUAUAUUUACAUGCAAAGGCUUAUUUUCAUCUUUUCAAUUUCAUAUGUGUAAAACUCAAAAGAAAGGAAAAUGUUUGUUGUUACGAGAGUUUUACUGUUGAAGAAUAACUGAACUUAUUUUUUCCCAAUAAAUAUUCUCUUCUGAAGUAUGGUCGUGCCAUUGUUAGGGAAAUAAAAUAUUCUAAUCGGUUGGUAUUUGGAAAUUUCUCAAUAAACAUUGAUGUUUGUGUUUGUAAAAUUUUACCAUUUCAGUCUUUUGUCCAAGAAUGCUGAAGACUGGAAUAAAAGUUUAUACUUCUCCAAAAGCAAAACAUCACACCUUUUUAGGCCAUUAAUAUAGCAGGGCAUGUGUUCUAUAGUAGACCAAUUGAUUUAAUAGUAGUUUACAUCAACAUCUUUUAAGCUCAAGAUAUACUUAACCCCCUCACCCAUUUUCACAGCACCUCCUGGUCCCUGGGUGACUUUAGCAGAGUCCUGUCUGUUGCAAGCAUUUGAGAUAGGUCUCUAGUUUAAGGAGUUUUGACAGCUCUGUAAAGGCUCAUAGGUACUGCCUUUCCAAUUGACAAUAAGAUCAAAAAUAUUUUGGAUGUGAAUUGGUGAGACAUCUGAAUAUCUGAAUGUAUACAUACAUAUAUGCUGCAAGAAUCAAUAUAAUACUAUAACUGCUUUUUACAGUUUUGAACAAAGGAUUGCAAUUGGUGAAUCCUUGUAAGCAGUUCUAUUGAUAUUUAUGGAUGAAUUCCAAAUACCAACUGGCAGAAAUAGUUUAUUUCCCACAUAAUGGAUUUGCCAGAUUUUGGCAUUACACUGUCACAUUUUUAAGUAAAAAAAUAGUAUUUGGUUAUGCAGCAGUACUAAAAACUGUACCACAGAAACCUUCCUUGUUUUUGCCUGUUUUUUUUUUUUACACAUAAUAUCAACUGUUGUUGCAUGUGAGCAGAUGUUCUUUUUAUGACAAUUGAAUAGAUGCAUUUUCUAACAGUUUUUCAACGACUGAUUAUAUUUUUAUGUUUUUAUGAUCAUUUUUGCUUAUAUUUUGUCAUGUUACUUCUUAAAUCAUUUAAAUAACUAAUAAUAUGAAAUAUAGAAUAAGAUUUCAAGAAGCAUCGGAUUCUAAUAAAAUAUACAAACUCUACAUGAUGUAUACUAUGUACUUGUUUGAUUGCAAUUCAAAAGAAAACUUCACCAAUCUCUCUCCCACUCUUUAUGUGUGUGUGUGUACAUGUUUAUAUAUAUUUACACAUAUAUAAAUAUACAUCAUAUAUAUAUACAUAUGUAUGUGUGUGUAUCUAUAAAGUACCCUCCAUUUUUAGACGAUAUACAUAGAAGAUUUUCCUUCUAGUGAUUGGGAAUUUGUUGUUUUCUCUUUUGUAUAUAAUAUUUUAUUAUGAAUGAUCAUCUUCAUAUUUUGGUCUGAAAUUCCUCAUCACGUUUGGAAAUUGUUGUUAAAUGUUACAAAAUGUCUACCAAGUAAAAUUUGGAUGAAUAGGACAACAGUAUGUAAGGGUAUCUUUGAGUAUCAAAAUUGUUGCAUUCUGAAUUUAUUGAAAAAACAGAAAAAUUUUCAUCUUUCAUUUUAAAUACCAUAACUCAAUAAAAUAACAUGAUAAAAAAAAUUAUACAAAAUCACUUUGUCAGAAUAAGAAUAGCAAAACGUGUUGUCAUCAGGUAACUUACAGAAAAAUAUCUCAAACAUGAUGGUAGUUUGUUUAAAUGCGAAAAUUUAAAACUGAAUACAACCGUUUGUAGUUAGAAUUUUAAAAUUAAAAGUUCUUACUCCAGAAUAUCUGAAAAGCUCAGAUGAUGCAAAGCAAAAUGGAAACCGAAAAACACUGUUCUAUCUUUAUUAUAUUGAUUCUGACUCAUUCUUCUUGGUGGUAGCAGUGUCCUAAUCACUGGAGCAGAAUGCACUGUUGUUUUAAUAUUUCUAUUUCUACUUUUCUUGUCCAAGUGAUGAGAAUAAAUUCUGUUUACAAUUUAUAAAGAUAUGUUUUUUUUUGUUGUUGA